ACCAGUAAUGCUACAUUCCUCACAGUGUAUCCAAUUACCCAAUUUCCUCAGGCUUCCUCUCUACUGAUGCCAAUCCCCACCCUGAUUGAUGAGAGCAAGACCGACACACGCCCCCUCCGACAUGUGUGCAGCAGCCGACUGCAUCUUUUCACCUGCACGAGGGUAGUGCGAAGGCCCAAAACAAAAAAAGUAGAUGACUAUGACAGUGAUGAUCCUGCCAGCUAUAAGAAUGAAGCAAUUCCAGAUAAAAAAUCAUCCAAUUUUGUGGAGGAUAAAAUAGAAGAAUUCCACAGUAAAAAAAUCUCGAAUCUUCUGGCUCAUGGGGUGCAAGAAGACAGUGAACAAGAUGAUGCAGAUGAGGAAGAGAUAAUGCCUCUGACACUUGAGGAUUCAGAUGAAGAUGGGGAAAGUGAUGAUGACAAUCAGGAUCAAGAUGAGACUGACAUGGAGAGUGACCUAGAAGGGAAAAGAAAUGAUGAUUUGCCAAAUGACAUGGCCUGGGGACAACGGAAGAAAAUGUACUAUGAUUCCGAUUAUACAACAAAAAAGGGCAAGUCAUUGGAGGAGGUAGAGGCAGAGGACCAGGAAGAAGAGGAGGAAGCCAAAAACAUUCAACAACGACUAGCGGCCAACCUGAGUGAGGAAGACUAUGAUCUUAACCUGCUUCAGGAGUUUGCAACAGAAGCUGAAUUUAAGACGACUGAAAAAUCUGCUGAGAAGGAGCAGAGGAUUGUAAAAGACCUGCAGACGAUGUCACAGAAAGAGAAACUCAAACUGCUUAAGAAAGAGAGUCCAGAGUUAAUGGAGCUCAUCCAGGACUUUAAGGCUAAGCUGACAGAACUGAGAGAUGCGAUUCAGCCAUUAGUGCAGAUGGUAAAAGAUGGACAGAUUCCACCUGGAAAGGGAGCAGAUUACCUUAUAACCAAGCAGCAACUUUAUCUCAACUAUUGCACAAACAUAAGUUUUUACUUGGUUCUAAAAGCCAAGCGAAUUCCAGCACAUAAUCAUCCAGUGAUUGAAAGAUUAUUAACCUACCGAAACUUAAUAAACAAACUAGGACCCAUCGACUCCAAAUUGGAACCUCAACUGCAACAACUGCUGUCUGGAAACCAGGACGAAAGAACAACCAAAAGAGAGAAAGAGGUCAACACGACUAGAACAUCAGAAGAAAGAGAUAUGGAAGUAGCAGAAGAGUCGGAUUUGGAUGAAGAAGCUGCCCUGCUCUUCUACAAAGGCAUUGAGGAAAGGCUUAAACGCAAGAGAAAGAACAAGAAGCUGCCGGACAAUGGGUUGGCGGAGCAAAAAGAGGAUGAGGAAGAGGAAGCCGAGAUGGAUGGAGAUGGAAAAAGAGGCAUUACUUACCAGAUGGCCAAGAACAAAGGACUCACACCGAAGAGGAAGAAGAUUGAUCGCAAUCCCAGAGUCAAACACAGAGAGAAGUUCAGGCGUGCCAAGAUUCGCAGGAAGGGUCAGGUUCAUGAAGUUCGGCGUGAGGAAACAAGAUACAGUGGAGAGCUGUCCGGUAUUCGUGCUGGAGUUAAGAAAGGCAUCAAACUCAAGUGACGAGUGUAGUUACAGCAAACGAUUAAACUGCCUGUGUAUUAUUAAUCUUGAUGUUAGUUCAGAUGUUUAUUUAGUACAAAUUUGUUACUGGAUACAUCACAAUUAAAUAAAAAUACUUCUGUGACCUGG